UAUGUUUUAACAACAAGGAGUUAAUAUUCUUUAGUACCCUUUUCCUAUAGCACGAGCCAGAAGCUUAAUGUUUUGCGAGAUUACUUAGUUUUAUGUAUACGUAUGUCGGUCGUAUUCAUCGAGAUGAACAUGGACUGUUUUUGCGAGCUUACGCGAAUGAUGGAUUUACUAACGCAGCGCCGUGCUGCUGGACAUCACGCUGGGAACGGAAAUUUCUUGAUCUGCAAUAAAUUCGCUCGUUGUGAAGAUCAUCAAGCCAGAAUUUUUAGUACGACGCCAAGCCAUGGAAAAGCGGACUCCGAAGUAGAAUUCGCCACACCCGAAUUCUACGCCUUAUGCGGCCUCGGUGGUACGUUAGCCUGUGGUCUAACGCACAGAGCCAUGGUUCCAUUGGAUGUCGUCAAGUGCCGCAUUCAAGUCGACCCGGGAAAAUAUUCGGGAAUUUUCUCCGGCUUCUCCGUGACGGUUAAAGAAGACGGUGUGCGAGGUUUGGCGCGGGGAUGGGCGCCGACACUCAUCGGGUACUCUGCUCAGGGACUAUGCAAAUACGGAUUAUACGAAGUCUUCAAGGUGUACUACAGCAACCUGCUGGGCGAGGAAGCGACGUACCAAUAUCGUACGGCGUUAUACCUCGCCGCAUCGGCGUCGGCGGAGUUCUUUGCGGAUAUCGCUUUAGCUCCCAUGGAAGCGGUUAAAGUGCGCAUCCAGACACAACCUGGAUGGUCUACGACACUGCGAGAUGGCGCUCCCAGAAUCCUUCGGGAAGAAGGACUCCGAGGGUUCUAUAAAGGAUUGGGUCCCCUGUGGAUGCGGCAGUUGCCGUAUACCAUGAUGAAGUUUGCCUGCUUUGAGCGUACCGUGGAAUUAUUGUACAAGUACGUCGUACCCAAGCCAAGAUCACAGUGCACUAAAAGCGAGCAGCUGACGGUGACGUUCGCGGCGGGUUAUAUCGCGGGGAUCUUCUGUGCCAUUGUCUCGCAUCCGGCCGACACGGUGGUGUCUAAGCUAAACCAACAGAAGGGAAGCACCGCCACGGAUAUCGCAAGGAGUCUGGGAUGGGCCGGGGUCUGGAAGGGUCUGGAGCCGCGGAUUGUCAUGAUCGGUACCCUAACGGCACUGCAGUGGUUCAUCUACGACGCGGUGAAGGUGUACUUCCGCCUGCCGCGACCGCCACCGCCCGAGGCACCGGAAUCACUACAACAGAAAUGGGCAGCCGAGGGCAAGGUGGCUGUGGUUACUCGUUGAGCUACACCAAAUAUACUCGUAUACCUUUUAUAUACUGUAUUUAAAUCUGAUUCUAAGUCCUUUUUGGUUUGGCGAAGUCUGGUGACUGCAAGCUAUGUAGAAACUCCGUUUACUCUUUCCCAAGGCCACUCUUAUGAAGUGACAGUCAAAUAAAAUAAAAUUAAUAAUUUGAGUCAAUAAAGACCGUA